CAGCCAAUCACAUUUGAGCAUGCAUGACGCACCCAGCACGGUUGUGUGAUUUCGGUGGUUCCUAUAAAAUUGUGUAGUCACCCCACGGAAUAGCUCUGCUUUCAUUCGUUAAGGCGUACUUUAAAGUUUUAUUUUGUGCUAAAUCCACACUAACGGCUUCACAAUGUCUAUUAUGUCGUAUAACGGAGGGGCCGUCAUGGCCAUGCGGGGGAAGGACUGUGUGGCCAUUGCAUCGGAUCGGAGGUUUGGCAUUCAGGCUCAGACGGUCACAACGGAUUUCCAGAAGAUCUUCCCCAUGGGCGAGCGACUCUACAUUGGUCUAGCUGGGCUGGCCACAGACGUCCAGACAGUAUCCCAGAGGCUUAAAUUCCGAUUGAAUCUGUAUGAGUUGAAGGAGGGGCGCCAGAUCAAACCCAAGACCUUCAUGAGCAUGGUGUCCAACCUACUGUAUGAAAAAAGGUUUGGGCCGUACUACAUUGAGCCUGUCAUUGCCGGACUCGAUCCAAAAACCUCGGAGCCGUUUAUCUGCUCCCUGGAUUUGAUUGGCUGUCCAAUGGUGACGGAGGACUUUGUUGUGAGCGGGACCUGCUCGGAGCAGAUGUACGGCAUGUGCGAAUCUUUGUGGGAGCCAAACAUGGAGCCAGAAGAUUUGUUUGAGACCAUCUCACAGGCGAUGCUCAAUGCAGUCGACCGUGACGCGGUGUCUGGCAUGGGUGUUGUUGUACACAUUAUUGAGAAAGACAAGAUCACCACCAGAACUUUGAAGGCCAGGAUGGAUUAACUCAACACCAAAUGUUUUUGUAUGAAAACAACACCUGUACUGAUUUUUCUUGCUAUUGUUCAAUAAAUACUCACCUUGAAA